AGCCAUCUAUUGGCAGGCAAACGAACACUAAAGACGUCCCAUGCGCGACAGCGGACGUAGUGAAUGAGCGGUGAAUACCUAGCAGCUGUUCUCUGUUGCAGAGUAGCACUGAGCAGUUCGCCGUCAAUACGUGCGUGGCGCCGGCGUGUUGGUGUCGUGUAGGAGUUUUUGAAGGUGACUACUGACUACGACUAGAGGUGUGCACUGUGCAAUGAGUUCCAGCGAGGCGGACGACGCCGUGUCGGUGCGCGCGAUGCGGCGCGACGACAUGCCCGCCGUGCACCGCAUGAUUCAUGAGCUGGCCGCGUUCGAGGGCAUGCCGCGCGGGCCGCAGCUCAGCGUGCGAGAUCUGAUCGAGGACGGGUUCGAGAGCUCGCCGAGCUGGUUCUUCGGGCUGGUGGCGGAGCGGCGCGGCGCCGUGGCGGGCUACGCGCUGUGCAGCCGCGCCUACUCCAGCUGGACGCGCCGCGCCUUCUACGUGGAGGACUUGUACGUGGCGCCCGAGCAGCGCGCGCGCGGCGUCGGCGGCGCGCUCAUGCGCGAGCUGUGCCAGAUGGCGCUGGCGGCGGGCGUGCACCGCGUGGACUGGCACGUGCUGGCGGACAACGCGGGCGCGCUGCGGUUCUACGCGCGGCUGGGCGCGCGCGACCUGGCCGCCAGCGAGGGCCGCGCGGCGCUGCGCCUCGACCGCGAGCGCAUCGAGGCGGUGGCGCGCGGCGCGCUGCUGCCUGCGCCGUGACUCCGGGGAAUGUUCAUUUUGUUACUGUUUUGAAUUAAACAUAAAAUUACGUCGA